UUCGAUUUGGAGAAAAACAAAAAUACAGGAGAAGUAUUUGUGCGUUUUCUUACGCUAUACAGAAUUAUUGUUUUUGUAUCUGCUUUCCUAGGCAAACGCGGGGAAUAGCAGACUUAGGAUGGAGAAAAUUCCGAAUUUCCCUGAAGAUUAUGAGAUUUCUGAUCUAAACAACCAAGAGCUACAGGACUUUGUGAAGAAGCUGACUGCUAUGGUGAACGAAGCAAAAGAAAACCUGAAGUCUGUCAAGGGUGAAGUAUGGAGUCUUGAGUCUGAUAUUCAUAAAAGCAUUGCAGAUCGGGAGAAGCUGUUACCCCUGGUUGCUCAGACGAUUGGGCUGCAAGAAGCUUUGUGUGAGCUAGAGAAGACGAGGGCACAGCACAAGACAGUCUCACGUGAGCUGGAGGGGGACUCAUCACAGUGCAGCUCACAGGAGGCUAGUCAGCAGAGGGUCCUGGUCAUGGAGGAGGAGAUGCAGAGGGAGCUGGCAUUGCUGGAGGAGAGGGAGGCUUCUUUGGCCAAGAACAAGGAGAAUAUUGAUCGGCUCAUCACAAAGACGAAGAGGGAGCUUACUGAGGCACAGACACAGUAUCGGGCAGUGGAGACAGAGCUGCUGCAGUUAAAAAGGGCUGCCUCUGAGACAGGUUUCUGCCAGUCAGUGCAGGAGAAGGAGGAUCAGCUGCUGGAUGAAUUUGUGGUUCGUCGGGGGAUCCUGCAGGAGCUGAGGCAAGCUGCAAGCAAACCACUGGAUGUCGGGUCUAACAAAUUACAAGCACGGCCGUAAGAACUGGGAAUGAAAAAUGCAACUUCUUGUUCUAGCAGGAAUCUAGUAGAUAUAGAGAGCACCUUUUCCGCAACUUCCAGUAUUCCACUCUGCUAGGAGCGAGUUUAAUGUGAAAGGGGAAAUUUUCCAAAUAUUUGAGCCAUGUAAAGCAAUGAUGUCAAAACAGUUUUGAUUUGCUUCUUAAAACCAAGUUGCUUUAGUAGUUGCCAGAAAGUGUUGCAUAAAUAUUAUUUUUUUGUAUGGAUUUGUAUACAGAAAAUAAAAGGUAACAGCUGCUGCCAUAAUCUAUAUGUACAGUAUGUAUUUUUUAUUAUAUGUCCAUGCAGUUUCCAAGUUUGGUCAGGCAAUUAUGAAAAUAUACCCCAGGCAAUCAUUCUUUUACUGUACAAUACCUAGACAUAACGGAGGCAUUUGUACAUAGGCUUUAAAAUGUAUUUUGUAAUGAAAUAACUAACAUAAAUGAAACAAACCAGUUAUUUUUAUAUGCAUAAUAAUCAUUGCAUGAAGUGUAAUGAAAUUUAUUUUUGUACAAAAUGUGCAAUUUACAGAACUUUAAUCUCUAUAAAGAACAGAAUAUGUUCAGAGACAUUAAUUUUGAUAUUCAUGCACUUGAAUUAUGAAGACAGUUAAGUGUCAGAUCAGAGUACAUGUAUACUAAUAAUGUGUCCAUGACUGGAGGUGGAGGGACACUGGCAUGCAGUUUUAUGGGCAAAUGGUUUCUUUCCCUCUCUGGUGCUUGGAAGGUGGAAAUCUUCCACUGCUUGAACUCCAUUCUGAAGCCAUUCUGGAAAUGAUUACUGUUGAAAAGAAAAUGUAUCACACACCUGGUCACGUCCCUAGCUAAUUCAGAACCAUACUGGACAUGACGAGACCUUCUUUAAGUUCAGCAGUGGACCGCACUGCAUCCUUAAAAGGCUAAUAUGUGUUGUAAAAAGCAUGGUGGUGGCAAGUUAGUUGCUUUUUUAGGAUUGGUAGGUGCCUAAUUUUAAAAAAAGAAAUAAAAUAUGUAUUUUAAACCUACAUGAAAAUGUAUUGAAUGUUGACAUUUCUCAUGCACUGAAAAUCUCUUUCACUUUGUUUCUCUUUGAAAGUGCAGAUUUUUUGAACAUAAAGGGAUUGUGUAGUGUUGUUUAUACUGACAAGUGAGCCACAUUAAACCAGAAAUUCACACUGCAAACAGGGAGAUGCACAUGAUCAAAGAAUGUGCUAUUAACAGAACCUUGCAGAGCUAUCAGUCUGGGUGCCCCUAUUCUCUCAUGUCAGUCUGUGCUAUCACAUGAUUUCAUCAGAUCUGUCCGAUAUCUGUUGAAGGAGUCAUAAAAUAACUGCUAAGGUUUGUCUCAACAGACACGGCUGUUCAGAUUGUUUCAAAAUCCAAACCAUGAUUCACUCUCAGAUAAUCCGGUGCACAGCGUGUGAAGGAGUUACAGCUAAACUGCUGGGAACUGCUUGCCCAACACCUUGCAAUCUAGCUUUAGUUUUGAGAAUAAACAGAUUUCUCUGAGUGCUGAAAACCUUGUGUGACCAGAUGAUCACAUGGAUUUGCUUAUGAAAAUAUUUUUUUUAUAAAUUCAAAAAAAAAAAAAAAAAAGUUAUAAUGAAUACAAAUCCCCCCCCCAAAAAAAUCACUGAUCCUCCUAUUCAAAAUUUUCCAUAUUAUUAUGAACUGGUUUUCACCAUCCUUUACAUUUCACUGAGUCAAUCAACUUCCAUCCUCACAUGCAUUAAUAAGACAGUGGUUUUUGGCUGACAUUGCUGCCUAACAUCCACACUAUAAGAUUUAGUUGCUUUACACUGUUUACCAACAGAACUGGCAGUUUGUUGCUGUUGUUUUAAAAAUAAAAUGCCAUUUUUUUAAAUUUUUUUUUACAAUAAUCAGUUAGGGCUGAGUUGGAACAAAGCUAGUUUUGUUCUUUGACAUUUUCAUAGCACAGUCUGUUUAGUUGUUAAAUUGUGGGGGCUAAACAUUUUUUAUUAACUAUUGCUAUACAUGUACAAUAUACACUUUAUAUAACAUGUUAUAUGGUUGCUAGAAACAGCCAUUCAUUUGUGAGCUUAUGCUACAUGAUGCAAUUCUUGCAUACAGAAAUAUACAGUACAUGUUCAAUAACCUUCAUACACACAAACAAAGAAUCAAAACACAUUGUUUACUCCAGUGCAUCUCCUCAAAGUCAGAUGAGUGCACAAGACCCCACAGCAUUAGUCACAGUUUCACAUACCUAGAAGCACACACACUGGACGUGACAACUAGCCAGCCGAAGAAUAAUUUUGGGAUUAACCACAGGAAAAAUAAGCUAUGUCACUGCUCAUGUGAAGUUAUUGGGCAUGGUAAGGUACGCUUAAAAUGUUUAACAAUUCUAUAUUUCCAAGGUUAGCACUAAUCUUGGACUACUUAUGCUACCUUUGGUAAAAUAGUAUGUGAAAACACCCCUAAAUUGGAUUUUAAAAUAAAUGUAAAACUUAAUCUCAUUCAACAACAUAUGUAUUCAGUUAAAAAAAAGUUGCACAACGGAACAAACACCCUCCCAAAAUAACCUCAUUGCUGGUAACCAUUGGCACAAUUUCAUCAGUAUCAGUUUAAAUUCAUUGUAUAAACCUUUUACAAAAGAAAAAAAAGUUACAUAUUUUACUAAUCUUUUUGAAGCGUUUCUAUCUUUCUUAAAGAUUGUAUCCGGAGUCCAAUUUAAUAAACCAGGCCGAACAUUGCUAAAUUCAGCCUGUUUCUAUGAAAAAAGAAAAGAAAAUCUAUUUUUAAGUCAUGUAAGACAAGCUGAAUGGAUUCCUGCAAAAUCAUUGAAAUAUAGUUUUUUCUAUGGUAUUGGUUAUUUGCACUACUCUAUUCGGGCCAGUGUGUGAUCGUCCUUUAGCAUUCAUGACUCGAGCCAGAUUCAUGCCCUCAUUAAACAUAACCUCACCCCACACCAAG